AUGGAGAACCCCUUCUUUAGGAACUACUGGAGCUCAACUCACCCUCGCUACUGCUCGCCCAAUCUCCGCAUCAUCCCCGUCUCGCAUCACAUGAAGUCCCCGUCUACGAACGUCAUUUCUAUUCCGAUUCGUUUUGUAUCAGAGGAGAAACGACCGGCUGCUGCUUUGAAGAUUCAGAAGUGUUUUCGAGGAUUCUUGAUUAGAAAGAACGUGAAAAAAAUUAUUGAGAUUAAGAAAGAGGUAGAUGAAGUUGAACAGCGGAUUUCGAGAAGGAAGACGGUGGAUUUAAUUCGUACGGAUGCGAAAGAGCAGUUGAGAGUGAAUGAGACUCUAAUGUCUUUGCUUUUUCGGUUGGAUUCAGUUCGAGGCGUUGAUUCUGGGGUUAGGGAAUGCCGGAAAAAGGUUAUCAAGAAGGCUAUUGCCUUGCAGGAGAAGAUGGAUGCCAUUGUUGCCGGUGAUCAGGCUGCCACUGUGGUGGAUGGUGUUGGCUCCAAUGGUCAGAUUCUAGGAGGGGACGACGGCGUCGGUUCUUCUUCAGGUACAUCCGAAACUUUUGCUGGCGAUGGUGAUCGAUUUCUUGACCUCAGAGAAUCAACCGAUUCUUCUGACCGAUGUGAAGCCACUGUUUCUCAAGCCCUAGAAAUCGAGCAUCCUGCUAGUUCUUUAUACGAUAGCAGAAUCUUGUGCAAUUCUAAUGAUCAAACCCUAGAAAUAGGGGAUUCAUAUAUGAUUGAUUCAGUGGACCGUGAACAACAAUCGGAAGAUACAAUCCAAACUUUAGCAUUGCGAGUUGGACCGGAAGAGAAUUGUGAUGCCCAAGUUGAAACCCAAGAUGCUGAAAGAGAAACUUCUGGUUCUGGUUCAGUAGAAACCCUACAAGAUAUUUACCCAACACCUUUAGCAGGUGGAGAUGUAACUGAAGAAACCACAGAAACAGAGAAGCCGAAGGAAUCUUCUGAGAAAUCUCACGAGAACUUGAUCAAAGAAGGUAAAGAAGGAAGGACAGAGAAGGAAGUGAAUGGCAUGGAAAUCCAGCAAUAUGAAACGAAGUCGGAAGGUUGUGUGACUGUAGACGAGAAGGAAAAUAGGGAAGAGAAUGUUAGCAACAGAAAAAUGAUGGAAAGGAUGAUUGAAGAUAAUGGCAGGUUGAUGGAGUUGAUGACGGAGCUAUUUGAGAGAAACGCUGAGCAGAGCCGUCUAAUGAGCUCGUUGACGCAGAUGGUUCAGCAGCUUGAGAAGGCCUUCAUGUGUGAGAGAUUGAAGCGCAAGAAGACUAGAAGAGGCAGGCAGCGGGCGCAGUUGAGAGACAUGAUACCGCACCUGGCGCUAGAAAACAGGGGAGUGAGAGGAGGAAACCCGAUUGAGCACCAGAACUAUUAG